GUUGUGGUCAGUGAAGAUACAAACCCACGAAUUUUGGGCUUUACCUUGCGACAUAUCCCCACCAAAGAUCUUGCUCACGAUAUGUGCCGGCUUUUUCUGUUAAAUAUCAAAUGGAUAACGCGACUUACGGAUAUCGCCGGCUUUUUAAUUUUCAAAUAUGUAAUUCUGUACAACGAUACUAGCAAACCCAAAUUUACUGGUAGACCUUGAGAAGGACGAGUUCAAGCUCAAGUAAUAGUGGUUGAAAUAGUUGGCGGCAGUGGUUUUUCUUCUCUUUUCUUUUCUUUCUUGAUUGGGACAAGCCGGCCUGUAUUGGGAUAUCGGCCGAACUUAUCUACCAGUAAAUACGAUAUCCGAUGAAGCCUAUUUAUUCGAUUCUAGCAAAUUGGACCUAGUAUUUAACUAUCGUAAAAUGCACAAUUUUCUUCAGUAAAUUAACGAUGUCCAAGUAGUUUCAACAGAUUACGAGACGGUUAUGAAUGACACCAAGCCUCGGAAUGUUUGGUGUUUGGCACACCAGUCCAAAUUUAUCCAGGAUAUUGCGGAGAAAAACGGAUGGACGAAGUUCAUCUUGACAAGCAUGGGGUCUUUGGGAGGAAUCACUACGGAAGCGUGUGUGGACAGUAGCUUUUGUGAUCCGUCCCAUGGGGUCGAGGCAAUUCUUGAUGCUAAAUAGCGCAAGAAAGAGGAAAUAUAGAGCACAAAGUCAGAAGUAAAUCCUGACACACGUCGCCAGGUCUAAUGCACAUACUCCUAUACAAAGGGGUCGCGACAGAAGAUACACUCGGUUUGUGACCAGAGAAAACGGUCGAAGGAGAUCCGUUGGAAAUUUCCACCUCUUCGGUCAGG